ACCCGUUUUGUAUGCAGCUACCUGGCUUUGGGUGACGUUUUCAACAAGGAUGUAUAUUACAGUUUACAUAGCAUGCCCCAGCUACUUCCUGGUAGGCUUAUUCUACAUGGAGAACUGAAUAUCUGUUCGACGGACAUGAGCUACUGGAGUUUUACUGUUUGUUUGUGCUACAUUCCUCUGGGGAUUUAUGCAGGCACAACACACACAAGUAAGGCAUGCUAUGGAGCUAGUGAUCGUUCCUGUAAUUUUCACAACAUCGAAUGCAACAGCUCCCAGCAGAUUUGCAUCUGUGAUGCUUACUACACAGACAAUACAGAGUGUAUCUCUGAUUGCAGCAAUGUAGACUUUGACAACGUGACAGAAGAUGGACAUUACAUGUUCAGCAAAGAGGACCUAGACUCUUUAUACGUGAAGUGCUCUACACAUAGUGAAUGUGUGUAUCAUGCUCCAUGGCAGGGCACAGAUCAUACAUUCUCUGUCGUGAAAUAUCAGUGUGUUGACAGUCGUGGAGUCAAAUGUCUCAACAAAUCCGAAUUUGAAUUGCAAGGACUGGGUGAACCUGAUGAGGAAGCUGGUGCAGAUGUCGGCGCAGCUGUUGGUGGAGUCGUGGCCUCAGUCGUUGCUGUGGUGAUCAUUGUAAUAGUCACAAUGUGGUAUUUACGAAAACGGAGAAACAAUAAGGAUGAGAAAUCAGCCAAACAGCAGGAUCACGAAACUCAAAGAAAACCCCAUAAUAUCUCACAGAGCCAUUACCAGGAAAUAGAUGACUCACAGAUACGCGGACUUUCGAAUAAUCAUGACUAUGCUACUGUUGAAGGUAUGCCGGCUACACCAAAUACACAUGCUUAUCUCACAAUCGAACCAAUCACUGGAUCAAAUGCACAACAGAAUCCUGAUACUAUAUCCAAGGAAGAUGAUUAUGACCACAUCGGAGACAAACCAUCUGACCUCAGCAGCAACUACGAUACCACAGCUUCGGUUGCCCAGUCAGUAGGAAGUCGGGCACAUUCUCGAGAAGAUGACUACGGCUACAAUCGCCUCCAGGAAACACCGUGCACUAAAACAGUCCAGAAUGACUACGACACUACAACUACUGCAGGCAAGGCAGCACAGCUGGGGAGGAAUGAUGACAAGACUCCGAGCUCGCCUUAUGAUACUGCGGGGAAAAUGGGAGAUGGUUUUGGUGACUAUGCCGUUGCAGGACCCAUGCGAUGAUCGCAUAUUUAAACACGUCUAUCAGUUGGAAUUGUCAGUUGCUUCUCUGUACGGCCAAGCUGUGUUAUGUGAAUUCAUCUCUUUUUGGAGACAUAGAAUCUUCUUUUCUAAACUGAGAGAAAUGUUUGUGUUUUACGACAACGCAUAUACUUUCGACAAAAUGUACUGUACCAUGAAUUUAAUACUAUUUUACGAACAUUGAUGAUAAGUAAUAUAGAAUGAAAGAAUGAAUAACAUUAUUUUGUAUUUGUAAAUAGUUUCAUUGUGACCUCAUGGUUGUUAUAAAUAAAACGCUGAAUUAUCAACAACA